UUACAGGCAAAGAGAAUCAAAGUUUUUACAUUUAUUUAGAUUAUGAAUCGAAAAUCGCAAAGUUUUCUUAACACUCAUGCGUUUUAUUGCACCUUGAUUUUAGUUGUUUUAUUUAUUUUCUUUACAGCAUUAGAAAUAUCAGCGCAGCAAAGCAGUAACGCUGGGCGAUGCGACCAUCGUGCAGUCGAAUCAAUCAAAACAGAAUGCCAAAGCUGCCGUCGCAACAGGCGGCAAAAAUGUCCCACCGGCUUUACCAAACGCACGAGAGGACAAGGCAUAAGACGCUGUAGGUAUCGUUUAAAAGGAAGACGCCGCGGCAGGCCAGUUAAAGGUUGCUACCAUCAGUGCAUGAAAACAACGACCAUACGAGAAUGCUGUACAAACUACUGGGGCCCCGAUUGUGAAAAAUGCCCUGUGGACCGAGUCAACCACGUUUGUGGAAAUAGAGGAACUUGUUCUGAGGGAAUUAAUGGCAAUGGAACAUGCAGUUGCAGAGGACAAGUUGGAGGCUCUGCUUGUGAACUGUGUAAUGCACCUAACCAAUAUGGAGCCAGUUGUGAACAUGAAUGUGCAUGUGUGCACGGAAAAUGUGACAGUGGGGUUGACAGGUCAGGAAUCUGCUCUUGUGAAAGUGGAUUUGGUGGAGCAAGGUGUAGCAUUGUUCUGGCAGAAUGUGCAAGUUUAAAUUGCCAUGUCAACUCAAGAUGUUUAAACUCAACUGGUAGUUUGGCUUGCUACUGUAACUCUGGAUAUCAAGGCAAUGGAACUGUGUGUGAGGAAAUUAAUCCAUGUCAAGAUACUGGCUCUAACUUGUGUCAUGCCAAUGCUUCAUGUAUUCAUAGUGGACCAGCCUCAUAUACUUGUCAAUGCAAGACCGGCUUCACUGGUGAUGGUCAGGUUUGUGGAGCAAUUGACCCAUGUCAAACCAAUGCAGGAAACUGUCCGAUUAAAUCAACAGUCUGUGUUUAUACAGGUCCUGGUCAGUCAACAUGCAACUGUAAAGAUGGGUAUGUAAACAAAACAGAGAGUGGAUGUUCACUGAUGAACAUCUGUGGUCAAAAUUCCACUACGACCUGCGACCCUCGUGCCAACUGCACAACUGUGGAUGAGGAUGGUGUCAUAGAUAUAAGAUGCAAGUGCCCAAUCCAAAUGUAUGGCCGAGACAAAAUGUGUUACACUGACGUUAUGUCUGAGAUGCUGAACGCAAAUGAAACUGGACCCUUUAAAAACCAACUCAACUUUGCUAUAAACAUGUUCACUGCAACGUACAAUCGUGAAAUAUCUGUUGGGGAGAUGCCAGUCACAGUUUUUGCCCCAACUGAUGCGGCAUUUGGCUCAGGCAUGGGUGUUCCGAAUUCUUCACUUAUAUGGAAAGCAGGGGCAAGAACUCACAUCGUGCCUGGAACUGUUGUGGUUGACUUUACAUUGCAAAGUGCCAACACCAUGUACCCUGUGCUUGGUUAUAAUGCAUCAAUCAGGGCACUUAGACCAACAGGGGUUGACCCAUCGGCAGAUGAUGAUGAUGCUGGAAAUUACGCAAUUCUCAGCUUUGCGAACAUGCUAACCAAUGGAAACAUACUAGUGUCUCCUCGUUGGGCCUCCAAUGGAGUCUUCUACAUCACUGAUACAUAUUUCAGCUUAGAAGAUGCUGUUUCAUUCCCAAUGAACUUUGACAACCCGCCUGCUUCAGUGUGGGAUGCAGUUUCAUCCAAUCCAGUUACCUCAACGUUCUAUUCACUGCUCAAGAAAAGUCGGGCAACAAAAGAAUUCUUAAGGACAGGAGAUCAAGCUACAGUGUUUGUUCCUACUGAUGAAGCUUUUGAUUCAAUGCAACCUGAUGCGUUGAAGCUGCUGAACAGUCCAGCUGGUUCCAGCAAAUUGGACUUGAUUCUUCUUUACCAUUGUGUGGACCCAGUGAUUAAACCAAUAUCUCUUGUAGCCACUGAGCUACUGCACACACCAUCUGGAAAUCUGGCCGUCAAUGUUUCUCAAUCAAAUGGCAUUGUGUAUAUUGGGUUACAAAAAGCAAAGGUUGUUCUCUCGGGCAUUCCAAUCAAUGGCGGAAGUAAUAUUUACCUCAUUGAUAAAGUGUUGAUACCUUCUGAUGUCCAACCAUUGGUGGGAAAUCUAUGCACAAGAGUUGAUGAAGUGGAAGUAAAAGGGAUUUGUGGGGAUUGUGAUAAUAUGAACACGUUGUGCCCGCCAGAUUCUAUACUAGUUCGGAGCAACAAUGCUAAGCAACGGUGUAUGUACAACGCAAUUAACGAGGCUGGUUCAGUUGGCCAAAGAUUGGGAUGUGUACCACAGUGCAGAACUAACCGGACCACAAGUGUAUGCUGUGAUGGUUUCUAUGGACCAACUUGUAACAGUUGUCCAGGCCCCCACAACAAUCCAUGUAAUAACAAAGGUAUUUGUGAGGAGGGAAUGAGUGGAACCGGUCAAUGUAUUUGUAACAGAGGUCACACAGGAACGGACUGCUCCACCUGUUCAAACUCUUAUAAUUAUGGACCUGAUUGCUAUUUAAAUUGCACUUGUUUGUAUGGAACAUGCAACAACAGGGUUGACAGCAGAGGCAUAUGUGUGCAUGGUUCGUGCCAUGAUAACUGGGCUGGCGAAAAUUGUGACCAGCCGAUCUCACAAUGUAGAGACCAAAACUUUGUCUGUCAUCAGCAUGCUAAGUGUGUGGAGAUUUCUGGGGUGGAAAGUUGUGCAUGUGAUCCCGGGUAUACUGGGGAUGGAAGGGACUGUGUUGAAUUCAACCCCUGUACCGAUACCUAUGAUGGUGGUGGAUGCGAUAUUAAUGCAGAUUGUUUAUAUCUUGGCCGAGGAAAUACUUCAUGCCAAUGCAAGCCAUUCUAUAGAGGAAAUGGUAGAACAUGCCAUGCGGUCAACUUGUGCACCGAUGGCACCGCUGGCUGCAGUGUGCACGCAGUCUGUAUCUUCACUGGACCAGGCACCAGUGACUGUCAGUGCAAUGCUGGUUACCGUGGCAACGGUUUAUUGUGUCAAGAGAUCAACAACUGCAUUGAAAAUAAUGGUGGUUGCCAUGCACAAGCCACUUGUACAUCCACUGGUCCUGGUACAAAUGACUGUGCUUGCAAUAAUGGAUAUUCUGGUAAUGGUUACCAAUGUGUUGGUUCAUUACUUUUCGAAAUUUCCCAACACCCAGAGUUAAAUGUGAUCUCUAUCUGGACUCGAAAUAACAAAGCUGUGCGCGAUUUUUUUAAUUCGAUCCGGUAUAACACCAUCACAGCAUUUCUACCACGAGACGAUGUAUGGACAGAAUUGUCAUUAGAGGAUUUUAGAUAUUGGAACCAACCAAGUCACUUGCUUUAUUUGUUGCAACAUCACCUUGUUAAAGGCACAGUCACAACUCAUGAUUUACGAACAGAAACAAGCCUUAAAACAUUCUUACCAACUUCUUCUAUCUAUGUUACUAAUGUAACUUAUACAAGAAAUAUCAAGAACCAAGGGACAAAUCAAACUUACAUAGAGCGAAUACCAGCUCUUGGAAGAAAUGCAGCGAAAAUUGUGACCGCUGAUUUAAAAACAUUCAAUGGAUUACUUCAUAUUAUUGAUGCAGCUCUACUGCCACCAAGGGACGUAGUCAUGGACUAUCCACUGAUACAGGAUAUCACACAAAAUUCCACUGGUACACCACUUGCGCCUUACAGUUUAUUUCUAUCAAUGCUACAAAGUGUUGGAGUUAUUUCGGACAUCGUUUCAUCUGGGCAACUCUACACAAUAUUUGCUGUGUCUAACGAUAUAUUCGACCCUUCCCUCAUUCCUGACAAUAUGAAAAACGUGACAUUACGUUACCAUGUUGUGUUGGGUAAAAUGGUCCGAACACAUGAAGUGAUCAGUGGUCAACACCUAACCACUUUGGCUGGAAGUGGAUAUCAGGUUACCCUGGUAAAACAACAUGGGGAAGUUCUCGCAAACAGGCAGGAGAUAUUAUCACCUGAUAUUAGAACAUCCAAAGGCAUAUUGCAGGGUUUGCGGUUUAACCCUCUAACACCUGUAAACAACAUGUGUAACAAGGAGUCUUACACUAUCAUUAAAACUCGGUGCACAGAAUGUGUUUCACUUCGUUGCCCUGGUGGUUCAAAGCCAACUGCUCGCCACACUUGGAUUUGCCGCAACACAGACCCAAGCACUGUAUUUCAUGGCGCGAUGUGCCGUCUUGUCUGCUUAACCAAGCUCAUUACCCGGUCCUGUUGUGCCGGCUUCUUUGGCCCGGAGUGUGAGCCAUGUCCUGGGGGCAUCAACAAUGUUUGCUUUGGUCGUGGAAGCUGCUCUGAUGGAAUGAAAGGGAAUGGUACAUGUGCCUGCAAUCGCACAAACUAUGCCGGUCCUGCAUGUGACGAAUGCGCACCUGGCUACUUUGGUUUAGACUGCACAUCUCAGUGCCAGUGUGUCAAUGGAAAUUGUACUGAUGGGAAAAGAGGCAAAGGAACUUGUAUCUGCAACACUGGUGAGUUUAAAUGAGUACAGAUUACUCUACAAUACUAUUG